AUGAGCUCUUGGGAUCCCCCUCUUGACACCCAGUCCAUCAACACCACUGGUUUCCUGUGCGCGCUCAAUGAUCAAAUUCUCAAGUUCUACAGUCUGGAACACGGACUUCUAGAAAUCCCCAUCUCCGAUAACGGCGAGAAUUUGGUCCUCGGGAAGUGGUAUUCAAUUUUUGAAGGGGACUACGAGGCACAUUUCAAUUUCGAAAUGACGGAUUGUAAAGUUUGGGCGGACACCGACGGACAAGUCUUUGCACAAGUCAUGGCAAUCGGACCCAAUGAUUUUGCAUUACCCCGUGAGAUUCGAGACAAGUACAGACUGGCAGUCUGGUCGCCGUUUUUGAAGUUCUUGGUGGAUAAGGAGGAUCUUUUCAAUAGCACAUUCAGAGGUGGAGAUGUUGGGGAGAUAGUGGUCAAAUUUGCGCCAUCCAAGGAUCACCCAGAUCGUCUUUUCGAAGUGGUCCGAAUUGUUGAAAGGGACACAAGACCACAAAAUGUGGCCUAUGCACACCUUCCACCAUGGACUAUGGAAUUCCUUGCGACCCGAAUGGAACCAGUCUAUGUUCUGCGCCCCAGCCUGCCGAUUGUCAAUCGAUAUGGUAUGACUGAAAGAAGGGAUGCUGCAAUUGGAAUCUGCAUAAAAGUGGACGUCAAAAAUCCAGCAUAUUCUGCUAAAAAAGCUGGAUCUCUGGAAAAAUGUUGUGUGCUAUUUUCUCCGAGAUUCGGAUUAACAAAGUUGCUGGUUAGAGAAAUGAUGGUAUCUGGACAUAAACAUGCGGAUAAGAAUGUGACAGAACAAGUUAAAAGUAUGGAUAAGCCGUUUUAUAAGCUUGGAAAAUGGUACAAAUACCAACUCGGUGACAAUAGAUACCAAAAAAGUCAAAAACAACGAGAAACAGCUAGAUCCAAAGCUAUUGAGGAAUUGGGACCAGCAGAUACUGCAUUCUAUAAUGCGGCGGCUGUUCAUGUGGAAGAAGUGGAGCAACAAAAGUAUACAAAAGUGAUGAAUGGAGACGUUGAGAUUGACACUUCAUUUGCGUUCAACCACGAAAUGCUAGAAGACCCAGGAAAUCAAGAGCUCCCAUGGGAGAUUCGGAGCCAAAAACUGUCAAAAACUGCUCAUUUUGUGGACGUGGAUAUUGGAAGAGUCGAAGUUUAUCCAAACGAGUCGCAGUUCAUUCUUCAGAAAAUCGAAACACAUCGAAAAAUGCUCGAGGAGCAGCAUCCAAGCGACUACUCGCGUCUCAAAAACGAAAUGUUGAUUGUGAGAGCCACUGUGAAGGUCCAUAAUAGAUUCAUGGCCAAUUCUGAAGCCUACCCGAAUCAUGGAAUAUUUAUUGUUCGAAAAAUCAUGUCGAUUUUCUAUUUGAAUGGUGGAAAAAUGAUUUAUGAUAUGGAGAAGGAGGAGGAAAAGCUGAAUUUGUCCUUUGGAAAGCUAACAUUGUGA